ACUGUGGAGUGGUUGUGACAGUUCGUUUAGGGAUGUAGUUCAUUGGCCUCGAAGGACCGGAGACUCCAAAAUGUUCUCUCCUCUCGUUAAACAGAUAUGGACCAUAAUGGGGGUUCUGAUGAACAUGCUGGGUCAAGGGUUCCUGCUCAGCUACUCCUCGAUCCUGCUGCCCCCGCUACAGGCUCCAGAUUCAGAGAUAGAAAUUGAUCUGGACACGGCAUCUUGGAUAGCAUCAAUCGUUGGUGUUUCGAGUUUGCCAUCACUUCUCAUGUCCGCCGUUCUAAUGGAGGUGUAUGGCAGAAAAUUCGUGCAUGCCGUCGUCGCCGUGCCAGGGAUCAUGGGUUGGAUCUGCAUUUAUUACGCAGACAGUGCCUCAAUGAUAAUGAUCGGAAGAGCGCUCACUGGACUCGCUUCGAACGCUUCUUUAGGGGCCAUCAUCGUCGGAGAAUACAGCAGUCCGGAAAACCGAGGACUAUUCCUAAACCUGAAGACCACUUUGGUCACGAUAGGGUACAUGAUGGUUCACACCCUUGGACAUUUCUACCACUGGAGAACGGUGGCUCUGAUAGCGACUCUACCCCACACUGCCUCUUUGCUGAUCACGUGCACGUGGCCCGAGAGCCCGGCUUGGCUCGCAUCGAAGGCGGAAUACGACAAAAGCCAAAAGUCCUUCUACUGGCUAAGAGGAAAAAACGUGAAAACCAUUAACGAAAUAGAAGAUGUGGUUAAAGCUCAGAAGGAAAAGAUUAGAAUAUCCAGUGAAAUGAAAGCUCUGACUUUGUCGGAAAAAGUGAUAGAAUUCUUCAAGAAAUUCGGGGAAAAGGAUUUCGUUAAGCCGGUCAUAAUAGUCGUUUACGGCGGCAUACUGCUCGAAGCUUGUGGACGCCAUAUUUUUUCGGCUUUCGCUGUGCAAAUCGUCGAAGAAGUCACCCAGAAUAAGGCGCAAUCAUAUUAUUUCACUCUUGGAAUCGAUGUAGUGAUAACAACAAGCGCAGUGAUUUCUUCCAUUCUUGUCAAAUUUUGCAAAAGGCGCACGCUCUUAUUCAGUACCGGCUUCUCCGCUCUCUUCAUUUUGUACAUUCUAUGUGGUUACUUGUAUUUAUCUCACUGGGCUGUACUUUACUUUGCCAGAGACGAAGGACAGGACGUUACAGGAGAUAGAAAACUAUUUGAACUAUGGAAAAUACCACGUGGAAUAUGAUCUCGAAGCGAAGCAGACGGAGCAUUGUCGACUUUAGUACAAUACAAGUUUUCUUGACUCUUUCUCUCAACCGGAUCUCCGUCUGUAUCCAAGUUACUUGGUUUCCACAACUGAACAUCAUUUUGUAAAGAGAUUUGAGAAAUUGAGAUGGUGUAUUAUAAAGAUUAUUUCAUUAGUAACUGGUUGUGGAAUACUAGUCGGCAUAAUAGGUACAUGACAUAUUAU